GACAACUGAUGACGAGGACAGGGUGAAGAUUUAUUAGGCUGUGUUUUGAGUUUUGAUCCAAGAAGAAUAACUUCAUAUAAGAAAAAAAUAUAUCACAUAUGCAGGACACCUUAAACUAGUUUUUUUUUAUUAAGCAGGAAGGCAGAACAAAAUCGGGGCUCCAUCAAGACAUGGGAACUGAACCCCAAUUCAACCAGACCCAGAACCAGUGGCGUUGUUAGGCCCAUUUUAGGGGUGCUGAAGCCUCCCUAAAAUAUUCUUAAGCCCCCCUAAAUAAUUUGGUGGGUUUUUUUUUUUUUUAACUUAUUCGAUUUUUUUUAACAGAACUUGCAGACAAAUUCAAUAUAAAGAUGCUGCAAUAUGAGUUUAAAAAAUAAUAAUAUAAACCUCUCGCUAUUCACAUAAAUAUGAUGAUAACUCGGCAGGUCCCUUUCACUUUACACUGUUAAGGUAGCGUCAGUGCUUCGUUAUCCAAUCCGUUCCAGUUGUUCACAGGGGACAUCCACAUUGCUGAAAAUCCAGUCCUCGUUUUCACUGCUACUUUACACUCCGCUCGUCUACACCUGCGGACACACUAGCGUACAUGCUGCAAACUGCAAGAAAUCAUGGAUAUACGCAAGAAAGAGUCAGGGCAGAGGAGCACAGAGAGUGAGAGGGGAGAGACCUCUACUGGAGAGGGUGAGGCAGAAGGAGAGGCUGAGGGAGAAAAAGGUCAACAGGCAAGUUCAAGUCAGAAAGAGCAAGGAGAGACAGAGGAGCUGCAGCAAAUGGAUCAAGAGGCAGAGGAAGAUCAAGUUAUUACAGAGAGAGGAGAGCAAACAGGCCAAGAGAGGGAAAAUGAUGAAGCAGCUGCAGCAACUCAUUCUACUACAGGGUUUGAUUUAGGUGACAAAGACACAGGGCCCAGACAGGUAAAGCUGAAGAGCUAUCCACAUGAUACUUUUGGUACACAGAAGCGAGCAUUUAACCACAGCUGGUUUGAAAAGCACAACUGGUUAGAAUAUUCAGUCAACCAGAAUGCAACUUUCUGCUUCCCAUGUAGAGUGUUUGGCAAAAACAUCAAACAUGAUAGUUUGGUCAGUGAUGAAGGUGAAGACAGCCCAAACGGAGCUUUUACGUGCAUGGAGCUUUUAAAGGAGUUUGAUCCUUUUCUUCAAAAACAUAAUCCCCCAUCAAAUACACAGUAUAUCUUGCCAACAUCCCAGAAUGACACGAUUGACUGUUGUGCCCAGGAAGUUACUAGUGUCAUUGUAUCCAAAAUGACAAAGUCUAAAGUCUAUGCCAUCAUGGCAGAUAAGGCAAGGAAUGAAAACGCAGAGCAGUUAGCUGUUUGUGUCAGGUACGUGUCAGAGGGGGCAGUGAAGGAGUGUUUCCUUGCACUUGCAGAGAUAAAAUCAUUUGAUGCCCAGUCCAUUGCAAAUGAGAUUCAGCAGCAGAUCCAAAACAAUGGUCUUGCAGAACUUAAGUGUGUAGCACAAACAUAUGAUGGUGCAGCCGUUAUGAGUGGCUCCACUGGAGGUGUACAAGCACAUUUUAGAAGGCUCCAUCCUGAGGCUAUCUAUGUGCAUUUUUAUACUCAUCAAGUCAACCUGGUUUUGUGCAAUACUUGCAAGGCUGUCCCAGAGGCUGUGGAGCUUUUCAGCUUGUUGGAGUGUGUGUAUUCUUUCUUCAGCACCUCCCUAGUCAAUCAUCAUAAGUUCAUAAAGACUCAGGCAAAGCUUGGAUUGACAAAAACUGAGCUUGUGCAACUUUCAAACACUCACUGGGCAUGUCAGUUGCAAUCAAUCAGUGCAGUUCUUGAGACAUUGCCAGCCAUUUUGGAGUGCCUAUCUGCAAUUGGAUCCCCCAUAGCUGUUGGUCUCAGAGCAAAGCUCUACAAGUUCUCAGCAGUCUAUGCACUACUGAUGUUUCAGUUGAUUCUUUCUGUAACCGAAGGACUCCACAAAUUCCUGCAGAAAGAGACUUUAGACCUGGCAGAAGCUUUUAUCUGUAAACAAGCUGUGUGUGACACACUUAAGGGCAAACACUCAGAUGCAUUUGGCUGCGUCAAACAAUGGGUCAGAAAAUACUUCACAGACUUGCAGUCAUGUCUAUUGAAAAAGACACGCUUCAACAUCUGAGUCACAACAUAGUGAUUGACCGAUUUGCCACUCUUAAAAACGGACGCUACUCUUUGAUGCGUCCACCCACCAAGUAACUGGUGAUUGCAGCCAUAAAAAUUAUGUAUUUUUUUAUUUUCAGUUUUUUUUCUUGUUAUUGAUGCAGCAAAUACAUUUUCUCUGUUUUCUUGUUGUACUGUAUUCUAAAACAGACGGAAAUAAAGCAAUAGAUCAAUUGGUGGCCUAGGAUGUUUAAUCAGUCCAAAAAAGUAGUAAAGCAAUUUCUCAGUCUUUUUCUGUUUGUGAAAUUUUGUGCUCAUUCACUACAUUCGUUCGUAUCGUGUGCAUCUCUUGGGGGCUAAGCCCCCCCUGUCCUUAAAUCCUAGUGAUGCCCCUGCUUAGGUUGCAUUAAGAGCAUCUGGUUAGAAGAUCUUAGUGCUUUUAUAGGAUUAUACAAAUGAAGAAGUUCUGUUAAAUAGCUAGGGGCAGUGUUAUUUAAGAUUUUAUAAGUGAGUAAAAGAAUUUUAAAAUCAAUGCGAAAUUUCACAGGAAGCCAGUGUAAGUUGGCUAAAACUGGAGUCAUAUGAUCAUGCAUUCUGGCACCCGAUAAAAGGCGUGCAGCAGCGUUCUGUACUAAUUGCAACCGGUGAUGAGAGGAGUGAGGGAGGCCUAAAUAGAGGGAGUUACAAUAGUCCAGUCUAGAGGUAAUGAAU